UUGAAGUACUGCGCUUCAGCCCGAGCGGGAGAACGCACGACGAUGCUUGCGGGUAUCCACAAUUCGGGUUGUGAUAGGUCAAAUGCUAUAUUAGCACGGUGCGUUAUAAGUCGCGGUGUUGGAUUUCACGACGGCCUCUUUUCCCUGACUUCAACUCGAUCUUAGCCGGGAUGAGUCGCUCACUAUGACGGAAGAAUACGAUCUCAUCGUCACCAACGGUGUCUGCGUGACGGCGUCGGAUGUGGCGACCCUCGAUGUCGGAGUAAAAGAUGAGAAGAUCGUCCUCCUGGCGCCGUCAGGCUCGCUAGCCCAGGCCAAGACCAAGAAAUUGAUUGAUGCCGAAGGAGGCUACGUUAUGCCCGGAGGCAUCGAUUGUCACGUCCAUCUCGAAGAGCCCAGUAUGUUCGGCGAGGGCUCCUCAGCAGACAGCUACGAGACAGGCACCCGCUCCGCCAUCGCAGGCGGCAACACUACCAUCGUCUCUUUCGCCCCGCAACAAAAGCACCUUGACUCGGUUCUAGGCGCCCUGGAAGCCACGCACCAGCUUGCCAGGGACAACUGCUACUGCGACUACGGCUUCCACCUGCUCGUCUCCAACCCGUCGCCCCUGGCACUGUCCGAGUUCGCCCAGCUGGCCAACACCGAGGGCGUCACCUCGCUUAAGAUCUACAUGACUUACACGGCACUCCAACUUCGCGACAACGAGAUCCUGUCCGUUCUUUUGACCGCGAGGCAGAACCACAUUCUGACUAUGAUCCACGCCGAAAAUGGCGAUGUGCUCGAGUGGCUGUCGGACCAGCUUGAGAAACAGAAGCUCUUUGCGCCCAAGUACCACUCUAACUCGCGUCCUCCCAUUCUGGAAUCCGAGGCCACCAACCGUGCCAUCGCGCUUGCGGGGCUGAUCAGAGACACCCCUAUUCUGCUGGUCCACGUGUCGGACCCGGCCGCGGCGGAACGCAUCAGCCUGGCUCGGCAGAAGGGCCAGCCCGUGUACGCCGAGACGUGUCCGCAGUAUCUGUUCCUCACACGGGACGACCUCGACAAGCCGGGUUUCGAGGGGGCGAAGUGCGUGUGCUCGCCGCCGCCGCGUAACGCAGAAGACCAGGGCCAAAUCUGGACAGGGUUAAAAAACGGCACCUUUUCCGUGCUUAGCUCGGAUCACUGCCCGUUUCGCUUUGACGACGCCGAGAAGGGGAAGAAGACAUGCGUCACGGAGGAGCACCCGGUGGGGAGGUUUAGGUAUAUCCCCAAUGGGCUGCCGGGGAUCGAGACGCGGCUGCCUCUUGCUUUCUCCGCGAAAAAGCUGUCGUUGACGAAAUUCGUCGAGGUGAGUAGUACCAAUGCGGCUAAGCUGUAUGGGCUGUAUCCGCGCAAGGGGAGUUUGAUGCCGGGCGCGGACGCCGAUUUGUGUAUUUGGUAUCCCGACGGCAAACUGAAUGAGUUUGGGCUCACGAACGACAUGUUGCACCACGAUGUGGAUUACACGCCGUAUGCGGGCAGGAGGAUGCGGAAUUGGCCGCGGUAUACCAUUAUUAGAGGCAAGGUGGUCUGGAAUCGGGACCAUGGCGGGGUAGUGGGAGAGAAGGGGUACGGGCGGUUCGUUAAGAGGGCGGCAAGUUGCUUGGAUGAUAUGUGGAAGACCGUUGAUGAGGAGGGGAGCUUUGAUUUAGAGAGUUUAUAAAUCGGCCCGGUCAACAGAAAUGUAUGCCCAAAGCUGUUUGCGAGCAAUUGAUUGCUUAGAUUUGAAGGUACAAUCAAC